AAAAAAGCUAAUACAGACACAAAAUUGCUGACGCUGGCCUAUCUAAAUAAUUCUUUUAUCUGUUAGUUUUGGUGUUAAAAGGAUUUAAAAAAUUUAAAAAAAUUUAGAAAUCUCGAUUGUGAAUUUCGAGGCAAAAUCCAUCGGGCACUCAAUUCGUUGAUUUGAGAUACUAAUACAGAAUGAGUACAUUGGAUGUUCCGAGAGCAGAACUUGCGUUAUUAGUUUUGUAUCUUAACAAGGCUGAAGCGCGAGAUAAGAUAUGCAGGGCAAUUCAAUAUGGUUCGAAAUUCGUCAGCAAUGGACAGCCUGGUACUGCCCAGAAUGUCGAUAAGUCGACCAGCUUGGCUCGGAAAGUUUUCCGUCUUCUUAAGUUUGUCAAUGAUCUUCAUGCUCUCAUUAGCCCAGUUCCUCAAGGAACUCCUCUUCCUCUUGUUUUACUAGGAAAGUCAAAAAAUGCAUUGUUGUCGACGUUCUUAUUUCUUGAUCAAAUAGUUUGGCUUGGUAGAAGCGGCAUUUACAAGAACAAAGAACGCGCUGAGUUACUUGGCAGGAUAUCUCUUUUCUGUUGGAUGGGAUCAUCAGUCUGUACCACCUUGGUUGAGAUUGGAGAGCUCGGAAGGCUAUCUGCAUCGAUGAAGAAGCUAGAGAAGGAGCUCAAGGAUACCGACAAACAUCAAAAUGAGCAAUACCGUGCUAAACUUCAAAAAUCAAACGAGAGGUCACUAGCCCUUGUUAAGGCGGGUAUGGAUAUUGUCGUUGCAGUUGGGCUGCUUCAAUUGACACCCAAGAAGGUUACUCCUCGUGUUACAGGAGCCUUUGGAUUUGUUUCCUCCUUAAUCUCGUGCUAUCAGUUACUUCCAUCGCGACCGAAAGCCAAAACUCUGUGAAGAUACAAGUCGGAUAAUCGCAGUGGAAGUUAUGUUAGUUAAAUAAUCAUUUGGUGUAAACUUUCGAGCUGUUCGCCCUAUCCUAGGUGACCUUUAAAAAGGUCCUCGCUAAUUAACGCCAACGAUAUAGCAGCCUUUGCUGUCACUGUUCAUUAUGCUUGUCCGUAAUGGUAAUAAUAUAUUGAUGUUAUUCUUA